AUGCCCUGCCAGGGUCCCCAGCCUGCGGGUGUGGUCGCAGCAGGAAAGUCACGCCUCCGCAAGGGCCCCACAAGCCGGCUGCCCUCGGUCUCCAGACUUGGGCCCCUGGCUCUCACAGGCCGGUUCCUAGACUGCGUCCCUCUGGGUCCGUUUCUCUGGACAGCCUGUCUGAGUCCUUUCAAGCUGCCUAACAGAGACCCACAAGCUGUGGCCUGUGAACAGCAGACGCUGACUUCUCAGCUCGGGAGGCCCAGGGUCAGGGGGCAGCCACAUCAGGCUCUGGCCAGAGCGUCCUCCCAGGGACCCAGCUCCUCCAGGCACCUCCUGGACACCCGCCCUGGGAGCCUGCAGUGGCCACGUAGCAAGAUCAGCGAGGCCGGCGGGAAGACACUGCUCAGGGGGAGGCUAGCGAGAAGCUCAGGCAUCAGUCUGGCCAGCCAGCUGCCCAUGCCCCCGAAAGGCCUCGCAGGGCAGCUGCCCCCCUCCCACAUGUCCAAAGGGCAGGUCCCGCCGGUCAGAGAUGCGGCCGGAAAACAGGAGGCAGCGGGAGAGGCCAGAGCAGGCCCGUCAGCAGCCAUUCAGCACAAAACGGGCCAGAAGAACGCCUGCACACGGCCCUCCAACUGUGACAGGAAGGAAGGAAGCGCGGCUGGCUGCAGUGGAGGGCAAGCCACCCGCGGGGGCUGGGCGAGCCCACGACGCCCGCCCGGUGCCGGCCCGGGAGGCGGAGCCAGAGACACAGCGGGGCCCCAGGCUUCCCUGCUUGCACACUGGGCAGACCUCUGGAUGCGCUCGAAGGCCAGGCCGGCCCUGAGGGCAGCGGAGGGGCUCACGGCGCCAUCCGGCCAGCCCAGGCUCCCCGUGGAGUGGGGACUGAAGAGCGAGGGGGGCGUGAUCGCUUGCUGCCCCCUGGGUGCCCGGGGGCAUGUGACACUGGGCACAGGACCACGCCUGCAGCAGCAGGACUUGGCAUUCAGGCCCGGCCAGCGUGGACGUCCACUAAACCGCACGUGUCUUCAAGACUUCUUGGCACUGAAAACCCUGGUUCUGGACAAGACCAUCCUGAGCGCAGCUGCCCCCAGCGCCCCCGACAGUCACACCGAGCCCCGGCGUGGGGGCGCCCGCUGCAGCGGCUGGCACGCUGCCCAGCUUUGCUAUCCUGCUUCCACUCCACUCCGGGGCCCCAGUCACCAGGUGCUCAAUCUCCCCUCGAAACAGUCCCCGUUGGGCAGCUGCAGGCUUCACGGCGGGCCUCUGAGCAGGUGGCUCCCCAGGGCCAGCAAGACCACCUGUGACCCCAGGUCCUCCUGCACCUGGAAAGCGAGACUCAACCCCCUCAGCCCCCAUGGAGACCCCGGACCCCGAGGCCCUCCCGCCCUGAUCUCCCUCCACGCCCAGCGCCGCAGCGUGGGCUCCAGGCCGCGGCCCCCAGGCUCUGUGCCCCGCACGAAAAGCGAGGGCAGAGAACAGGAAUUCCUAAGCGGAGCGGGCCGCGUCUGCAGGAGUCCGGCCUCCACGGGCCGGCCCGGAGCGGGGCGGCGCCGUGACGGGCCGGGGCUGCGGGCGCAGAUAAGGGCGGCCGCCGUCCGAGGGCCCGCGCUCGUCUCCUGCUCUGGCGCCGCAUACAUCACUGCUGGGAGCACCGAGGGCCGCAGGGGUGGGGAGCAGGCCCGGCGCCCUCCAGGUGCGGUGCGCAGGCCGUCUUCUUUUAUCAGAGGCGAGAGCGCCUCGCAGGCGCGGGUUGUCCGUGUCACCCGGACCCGGCGAGGGGACGGGAACGCCGACUCCCGGGCCGCGGGGCCCGCCACUGAGUGCAGAGGCUUCCCUCCACCGACAGGAGGGCACCCGAAGGCCCUGUUCCCGGGGCGCGCGCAAAGGCCUCGCCAAACCCUGCCUGCCCCGCGCUGCCCGCUGAGCCCCUCCAAACAGACCGACCGGCCGGAGGAGAGCGUGUCCCUUCCUGCUUACCCAACGCCCUAG